GGCCGGGCGGCACAGCGCAGCGCUCCCGGCCCGCUACAGCCCGGCCCGCCAUGGCCCUCAACAAGUCUAUGCACGCCCGCAACCGCUACAAGGACAAGCCGCCUGACUUCGCAUACCUGGCCGGCAAGUACCCCGAGUUCCAGCAGCACGUGCAGACCACCCUCGCCGGCAGGGUGAGCCUGAAUUUCAAGGACCCCGAGGCAGUGAGGGCUCUGACGUGCACCCUGCUGAAGGAGGAUUUCGGGCUUACCAUCGAUAUCCCCGUGGAAAGGCUCAUUCCCACCGUCCCCUUGAGGCUCAACUACAUCCACUGGGUUGAGGAUCUCAUCGGCCACCAGGAUGCUGAGAAGCAAGUGCUGAGGCGAGGCAUCGACAUAGGGACAGGGGCAUCUUGCAUAUACCCAUUACUCGGAGCAACCUUAAAUGGCUGGUAUUUUCUUGCAACAGAAGUGGAUGACAUGUGCUUCAAUUAUGCCAAGAAGAAUGUGGAACAGAAUAACUUGUCUGAUCUUAUAAAAGUGGUUAAGGUACCACAGAAGACACUCCUAAUGGAUGCACUGAAGGAAGAAUCUGAGAUCAUUUAUGAUUUCUGCAUGUGCAACCCCCCCUUUUUUGCCAACCAGCUGGAAGCAAAGGGAGUAAAUUCUCGAAAUCCACGGCGUCCCCCUCCCAGUUCUGUAAAUACUGGAGGUAUCACAGAAAUCAUGGCUGAGGGAGGAGAACUAGAAUUUGUCAAAAGAAUUAUUCAUGAUAGUCUUCAACUUAAAAAGCGGUUACGAUGGUACAGUUGCAUGCUGGGAAAGAAAUGCAGUUUAGCACCACUGAAAGAAGAACUUCGAAUCCAGGGGGUUCCUAAAGUUACUCAUACUGAAUUCUGUCAAGGACGCACCAUGAGAUGGGCACUGGCAUGGAGUUUCUAUGAUGAUGUACAAGUACCUUCACCUCCUUCUAAAAGAAGAAAAUUAGAAAAACCACGAAAACCAAUUACAUUUAUGGUCUUGGCUUCUACAGUCAAAGAGUUAUCCGUCAAAGCGGCAGCUAUGGGCUGGGAUGCUGUAGAAGCUAUUGCUGUGGUUAGAGCCUGGGUAGAGAAGAUUCUCACUGAUCUGAAGGUUCAGCAUAAACGUGUUCCCUGUGGAAAAGAUGAAGUUAGCCUGUUUGUGACUGCCAUUGAAAACUCCUGGAUUCAUUUAAGGAGAAAGAAACGAGAGAGAAUAAGGCAGUUACGAGAGCUUCCUCGAGCUUCUGAAGAUAUUCUGCAAGCAAUGGAAGAGGAAAAGAACAGCCAGAAGAGUGUGAGCAACAAUUUGGACUGUGAAAACCCCAAAACUGAAGACUCUGAAAUGGGGUUUAUGGCACCUAAUGAGGAUGUCCAGUUGACCACAGGUGAUGAGCUACCAGAGGAAUCUGCUGCCAAAGAAGAACACAGUGAUCCUGUGAAGGAAGAGGAGAUGGAAGCAAAGCAGGGAGAAACAUCUCUUGGCAAAGGUUCUGGUGAUGCAAAGGAGGAAACCUGCCCUUCAGAGGAAGCUAGCAAUCUGACAGUUGAAAAAGAACAAAGCCCCAAAGAAAGUAGUAGAUGUUUUCUCUUUAAGUGUUUAAUGAAUGUGAAGAAAGAAGGAAAUGAUGUGUUAGUAGAAAUGCACUGGGUUGAAGGACAGAACAGAGACUUGAUGAACCAGUUGUGCACUUACUUACGGAACCAAAUUCUUCGACUGGUUGCUAGUUAGCCUAUUUUCCUGCUUUGGUAAAGUAGGUCUGUCCUCAAAUUUUGUAAACUAUUUUUAAUUAAUUAAAAAUUUCUGUUAGCAAAA